CUCAUCUUCUUCCCCCAAAUCGUCACACUCCUCGCUCCCGUCCUCACAUCCCAACCCAUAGUAGCACUAGGGUUUCCCAACUGAGCUCUCACACGGCGGCGGCAUGUCCAGCGGCGCGGCGGACGACCGCCAGAUCCGCGUCGCCCCGGCCAUCCUUGAGCACCGGGGCCAGUUCCCUGCUCUUCUGCUGCCGCAGCGGCGUGCCCCCUGGGAAACAGCCUCGCCGCCGAUCCCCGACGAGCUCCUGCUGGACAUCUUCCCCCGGCUGCCCGUCGCAGCCGACCUCGUCCGCGCCUCCGCGGCCUGCGUCUCCUUCCGCCGCCUCAUCGCCGACCGCUCCUUCCUCCGGCAGUACCGCAAGAUCCACGCCCCACCCCUCCUCGGCUUCCUCGACUUUCGCCAAGUCUUCUACCCCGCCGAGCCGCCUCACCCCUCCGCGUCUGUAGCCAAAGCCGUCGCCCUCGCCGCUGACUUCACCUUCUCCUUCCUCCCCGCCCCAUCCGGUGACUGGGCCAUCUUAGACACCUGCGACGGUCGUGUCCUCCUUGCCAGGCGACACUACGCGGAGCUGGUGGUGUGCGAUCCCUUGCACUGGCGGCACCUCCUGCUUCCCCCGAUCCCUGAAUUUGAUGAGUGGGUUCGUUCGGUGGAGAAGCCACGCACAUUUGGAUUGCACCUCCUUCUUGUUGGCGGCGGCGAUUGGCAGGCUUCGGAAGAGAUAUUUUUCAGAGUGAUAUAUGCGACAGCCGACCAACAUAAGGAGGCUGUCUUCAUCUUCUCUUCCAGCACCGGACAAUGGCGAGCUACUCCAUCGACAGUGCGAUUGGAUUUCUCAGGGUAGCUCCAGUAUGCGUAUGGCUGUUUGUAUAAGGUGACAAAGUGCAAUCAGAAGUUACAGGUGCUUGACACCCAGAGUAUCGAAUUUUCACUCAUGGACCUCCCUUCGGAAGCCAGAGCCGCUCAUGUGCAAAUAGCCAUUGUGGAGGCAGGGGAGGGCAUCGUAGAGAUGUUUGUGCUACCACAUGAGACAUCUGUCCUCAGUUAUUUUGUUUGGCGAAACAAAGGUGCAAGUUCCAACCAGUGGCAGUUGGAGAAGACAAUCUCACUUAACUCUUCUUUGUAUCAUUUCCCGGAGAGUUCAACACUGAGGAAAUUGUACCUACACCGUCAUGGAAGCCCAUCAAGUGAUGCCGGCCUUUUCUCAAUGGACGUCAAGACAUUCCAGCUUGAGAGGGUGUUUGGUUCAAACUAUAACAAGCUUUACCCGCGGCCAUAUAACAACUUUCCACCAUUCUUGUCGACACCGACUGUAGGUGUUGGCAAAGGGACUGAGAAGGAGAUGGUGGAACAAGGCUGUGCUACAAGCUCAAAUGCAUUUUAAUGCUGGAGGUCAGCCAGUGUUGUAGGGUGCUUUUGGCUCUAGAAUGAAUCUCAACACAACCGCUGUCUAGAAUGGACCUGGAGUUAUCAUGUCUUAUUUGCCUUUAUCUAAAAAUUAUUGGUGCUUUCGAUUGUUGGAUUAGCUAGCAAGAUUGUUUAGUUUCUGGACAAUCAAUAGGCUAACUAAUAUUAUGUUUAGUUUCUGGCCACUAAAUAGGCUAACUAAUAUUAUGUGCCCAGUGAAUGUGAUGAUGUUGUAUGGCUGCCAAUCUGUGUACCUGCUAUUUGCUUCAACUGCGAGUAUGGCUUGGAACUUGUCAGCUAUAUAUGUUGAGUUUAAGGAGAAAGGCCAACCA